AUGUUCCCGGGUGAAAAUGCGCUCAUAACAUUUCCUGCACUGAUGCAUGGUGGUCGAACGGAGGGAUUGUUGGAAAAUUUCGGAGGUUAGUAUAUAAAUUGUUUUUUUACCCAGUGUGCAUUAUUCCCACAGCCAUUUCUGAGAAGAACUACAACAGGGACUGUAAACGAGGGACGGGAGAAACCUGCUAUACAAUAAAAUUGAAUGUCAAAGAACAAUCAUUCUUAACAUUAAUUACCUAGCUAAUGGAUUGUCUUCUUGUCACUAGUGUUGCUUUGAACGACGAAUUGUUGUUAGGCUACACUGCUGGUUGUGUAACAUUAGUAAAUGUAACUUAUUGUGAAACUCUCCAGUUCAACAAAUGUAGGCUAGGCUAUCACUUGAGAAAUUGCGGUUUGUGUUAACACAGAUUAGCUUUAUGCAUCGCUAACGAGAGGGAGAGCCUGCUAGGCCCCGCUAAUCGUUACAAUUCGUGUGCAGUCUUCUAGCUCAGUGGUUCCCAACCUUUUUCGGUUACUGAACCACCAACUGAAUUUUUCUCUGCCCGUAAUACCCCUCAAGUACCUUAUGUGCAUUUUACCAGUAGGCCUAUGGACUCAUGUUGUCUUAAGUACCCGCUGUGGAUAGGCCAAACACCCCCAGUGGUCCUAGUACCCCUGGUUGGGAACCACUGUCCUAGCUAUCCUCUGGCGCAUGCCAGUUUAGAAGUUUACCUUUGAGUCAUUUAGCAGACGCUCUUAUCCAGAGCGAUUUACAGGAGCAAUUAGGGUUAAGUGCCUUGCUCAAGGGCACAUCGACAUAUUUUUCACCUAGUCGGCUCGGGGAUUAGAACCAGCGACCUUUCGGUUACUGGCACAACGCUCUUAACCACUAAGCUACCUGCCACCCCAAAGUUGCAACAUUUGUAACAACGCGUCUGUCUCUAGCUUGCAAGUAAUCUGACCAAAUAAAGUUAGUGUAUGUUGCCUAGUAAAUCAAACUUUAAUACCAAUACUUAAUAUACAGUCUGAAACAUAGCAAUGCAAAAUCGUCUACGUUUUCUUUAUAAGACAGAAGAAGGCUGAAUAAAAUGACAUUUGAACUUACUCAGUUACAGGUUGUAUGUGUGGUUGGUCUUUGAGACCCAUCCCACAGGAAAGGAUUGUUUACCUGACUCUUUAGAAAACUGGUGUGGUGAUACUGAUGAUUUAUUGUCAGAGAUGGUUUGUUUACAUAAAUGGUUAAAAUAAUUAACAUGGCAGGUUAGGAGAACUAAUGCAGUAGGUUACGUGAAUUAACAUAGCGGGUUAGGCUUAGCAACCAUGCUACAGUUGUCAACCACUGUUGUCCCUGAUAAGACCACUAGAUAGAGCGGUAGGCCUACUCCAUCUAACUACAAUGGUAGAAACGUAAGUUUCCAUCUGUGGCGAGAAAUCAUCAGUAUCAUAACACAUGGAUAAUUGGCAGAGUAAGUUCAAAUGAAGUGUAUGCAACAUUCUGACUUGUAAAGGGACUGGUUGGAAUUUUUUUACGUAAAUGUGCGUGGCAUCGUCACGUUUUGUGCCUACAGUAUAUGCAGUGUCAAUGGCUGUCGCUACAGCUUUUCACACUGGAUAUCUUUUUAUUUUAUUUAACCUUUUAUUUAAUCAGGGAGUCAUACUGAGACCAAGGUCUCGUUUAGAGAUGAGCCCUGAAUAGCAGAAAAGACACACAACACAAUGCAAGCAGAAAGAAAGAAAACCACUGUCAUAAAAAACAAACUCAUUCAUAGUCUAGGACCGAUAGGAACGUUGACUGAAUAAUCUGCUUUCUACUGUUUAGCGAGAGGCAGGACAUAUUUCUAUAGAAGAAGCCCAUUUUUAUUCUCAGCUUCUUAACUAACUCAUCAAUAUUCUUUUUAAAAGACAGCUUUUCAUCUAUCCAGAUGCCCAGAUAUUUCUAAGCAGGGACACGAUCAGUAUGGACACCAUCCAAAGUACAUAAGCUUAAAUCGUCAUAGUUAUUUUUAUGCGCUCUAGAGAACAACAUAUACUUAGUUAUACCUGCAUCCAGUACUAAUUUCAGGUCAAAGUUUUUCUGUGAUACAAUGAAGGCAGACUGUAGUUCAGAUAGAGCCUGGUCAACCGUGGGGGCAAUAGCAUACACAACAGUAUCGUCGGCAUACAAGUGCAAAUUGAUAUUGUUAAUUUAAACAGUAAAAAGUACAGGACCCAUAAUCGACACCAGCGGGACACCUUUCGUAAUAUCCAGGAAACCUGAUUUAACACCAUCGCUAGAUACACAAUGAGGUCUGUCAAGUAAUUUUUUAACCAUUUACAUGCAGCCUGGUCUAGGCCAAUUUAGGAAUGCCUCUGAAUUUGCAGUGAGUGAUCAACAGUAUUGAAAGCCUUUUGACAGGUCAAUGAAGAGGGCAGCACAAUGUUGCCUUUUAUCCAUACAGUUAACCACAUCAUUUAUAACUAGGAAUGCAGCAGAGAUAGUGCUAUGACCUGGUCUAAAACCAGACUGAUGUACAUUUAGAAUACAUCUCAAAGAUAAGAAAGAUCUUAGCUGAGAUUUAAUCAAGGAUUUGAAUAUUUUAGCUGAGCAAGAAAGUUUAGAAACAGGGCUAUAAUUAUUUAGGUCACAAGGGUCACCACCUUUGUGAAGGGGGAGUACAUGGGCCACCUUCCAAACCUUGGGGAUAGUACCAGAUAUAAUCGUCAGGUGAAAAAUAUGGGUUAAUGAUUCAGAAAUCAGGGGGGCAGAGAGCUGCAGCAAAAUUGGAUCAAGCAUAUCAGCCCCAUUGGAUUUUUUUUACAUCAAUCUUAAGCAAGGCAUCUAGCACAUCACAGAUAGUUCUCUGAACAAAAAUAUAAACGCAACAUGUAAAGUGUUGGUUCCAUGUUUCAUGAGCUGAAAUAAAAGAUCCCAGAAGUUUUCCAUACGCACAAAAAGCUUAUUUUUCUCAAAUUCUGUGCACAAAUUAGUUUACUUCCCUGUUAGUGAGCAUUUCUCCUUUGCCAAGAUAAUCCAUCCACCUGACAGGUGUGGCAUAUCAAGAAGCUGGGAACAAAAGGCCACUCUAUAAUGUGCAGUUUUGUCACAACACAAUGCCACAGAUGUCUGCAGGAAUGUCCACCAGAGCUGUUGCCGGAUAAUUGAAUGUUGGCGCAAAUAAUAAACUGGUCCUGAACAUCUCUACUAAGAGCAUUGUAUUUGGUACAAGUCUUUCCCUAAGCUGAAUCUGGUAAUGAAUGGUGUGGCUGUUGAACACGUUGAGGAGACUAAAUUACUUGGUGUUACCUUCGAUUGUAAACUGUCAUGGUCAAAACAUAUAGAUUCAAUGGUUGUAACGAUGGGGAGUGGUCUGUCCGUAAUAAAGAGAUGCUCUGCUUUUUUGACACCACACUCCAAAAAGCAAGUCCUGCAGGCUCUAGCUUUAUCUUAUCUUGAUUAUUGUCCAGUCAUAUGGUCAAGUGCUGCAAAGAAAGACCUGGUUAAGCUGCAGCUGGCCCAGAACUGAGCAGCACGUCUUGCUCUUCAUUGUAAUCAAAAGGCUCAUAUUAAUACUAUGUAUGCCAGUCUCUCUUGGCUAAGAGUUGAGGAAAGACUGACUGUGUCACUUCUUGUUUUAUAAGAAACAGUAAUGUGUUGGAAAUUCCAAAUUGUUUGCAUAGUCAACUUACACACAGCACCGACACACACUUACCCCACCAGACAUGCCACCAGGGGUCUUUUCACAGUCCCCAGGUCCAGAACAAAUUCAAGGAAACUUACAGUAUUAUACAGAGCCAUGAGUGCAUGGAACUCCCAUCUUAAAUAGCGCAAGUGAACAGCAAACCUGGUUUCAACGCCUCUCUCCCAUGUGACCUACUUGUUGUGUGUAUGUACUGACAUGUACAGUUGAAGUCGGAAGUUGACAUACACUUAGGUUGGAGUCAUUAAAACUCGUUUUUCAACCACUCCACAAUUUUCUUGUUAACACUAUAAUUUGGGCAAGUCGGUUAGGACAUCUACUUUGUGCAUGACACAAGUAAUUUUUCCAACAAUUGUUAACAGACAGAUUAUUUCACUUAUAAUUCACUGUAUCACAAUUCCAGUGGGUCAGAAGUUUACAUACACUAAGUUGACUGUGCCUUUAAACAGCUUGGAAAAUUCCAGAAAAUUAUGGCUUUAGAAGCUUCUGAUAGGCUAAUUGACAUAAUUUGUGUCAAUUGGAGGUGUACCUGUGGAUGUAUUUCAAGGCCUACCUUCAAACUAUGUGCCUCUUUGCUUGACAUCAUGGGAAAAUCAAAAGAAAUCAGCCAAGACCUCAGGAAAAAAAAUGGUAGACCUCCACAAGUGUGGUUUGUCCUUGGGAGCAAUUUCCAAACGCCUGAAGGUACCACGUUCAUCUGUACAAACAAUAGUACACAAGUAUAAACACCAUGGGACCACGCAGCCGUCAUACCACUCAGGAAGGAGAUGCGUUCUGUCUCCUAGAGAUGAACGUACUUUGGUGCGAAAAGUGCAAAUCAAUCGCAAAACAACAGCAAAGGACCUUGUGAAGAUGCUGGAGGAAACCGGUACAAAAGUAUCUAUAUCCACAGUAAAACAAGUCCUAUAUCGACAUAACCUGAAAGGCCGCUCAGCAAGGAAGAAGCCACUGAUCCAAAACCGCCAUAAAAAUGCCAGACUACGGUUUGCAACUGCACAUGGGGACAAAGAUCGUACUAUUUGGAGAAAUGUCCUCUGAUCUGAUGAAACAAAAAUAUAACUAUUUUGCCAUAAUGACCAUCGUUAUGUUUGGAGGAAAAAGGGGGUUGCUUGCAAGCCGAAGAACACCAUCCCAACCGUGAAGCACAGCGGUGGCAGCAUCAUGCUGUGGGGUUGCUGGUGCACUUCACAAAAUAGAUGGCAUCAUGAGGAAGGAAAAUUAUAUGGACAUAUUGAAGCAACAUAUCAAGACAUCAGUCAGGAAGUUAAAGCUUGGUCGCAAAUGGGUCUUUCAAAUGGACAAUGACCCCAAGCAUACUUCCACAGUUGUGGCAAAAUGGCUUAAGGACAACAAAGUCAAGGUAUUGGACUCAGUUACACCAGUUCUGUCAGGAGGAAUGGGCCAAAAUUCACCCAACUUAUUGUGGGAAGCUUGUGGAAGGCUACCCAAAAUGUUGACCCAAGUUAAACAAUUUAAAGGCAAUGCUAGCAAAUACUAAUUGAGUGUAUGUAAACUCCUGACCCACUGGGAAUGUGAUGAAAUAAAUAAAAGCUGAAAGAAAUCAUUCUCUCUAAUAUUAUUCUGACAUUUCACAUUCUUAAAAUAAAGUGGUGAUCCUGACUGACCUAAGACAGGGAAUUUUUACUAGGAUUAAAUGUCAGGAAUUGUGAAAAACUGAGUUUAAAUGUAUUUGGCUAAGGUGUAUGUAAACUUCCUACUUCAACUGUAUGUGUAACUGAUAGAUGCGCACACACUAAAUAUUGUUUUUAAAUGUAUGUAAAUUGUAAAGUAUUUUGUCUGUAAUGUCUUUUUCGUUGUGUCGGACCCCAGUAAGACUAGCUGUCGCCAUUGGUGUCGGCUAAUGGGGAUCCUAAUAAAUAAAAUAAAAUAAUGUUCAUUUCUCUACAAUAAGCCGCCUCCGUCAUUUUAGAGAAUUUGGCAGUACGUCCAACCGGCCUCUCAACCGCAGACUGCUGAUGUCAACGUUGUGAACUGAGUGCGCCAUGGUGGCGGUGGGGUUAUGGUAUGGGCAGGCAUAAUCUACGGACAAUGAACACAAUUGCAUUUUAUCUAUGGCAAUUUGAAUGUACAAAAAUACCGUGCCGAGAUCCUAAGGCCCAUUGUGAGGCCCAUCUGUGACCAACAGAUGCCUAGCUGUAUUCCCAGUCAUGUGAAAUCCAUAGAUUAGGGCCUAAUGCAUUUAUUUCAAUUGACUGAUUUCCUCAUAUGAACUCAGUAAAGUCAAUGAAAUUGUUGAAUGUUGCAUUAAUAUUUUUGUUCAGUAUACAGUGGGGGAAAAAAGUAUUUAGUCAGCUACCAAUUGUGCAAGUUCUCCCACUUAAAAAGAUGAGAGAGGCCUGUAAUUUUCAUCAUAGGUACACGUCAACUAUGACAGACAAAUUGAGACAUUUUUUCCAGAAAAUCACAUUGUAGGAUUUUUAAUGAAUUUAUUUGCAAAUUAUGGUGGAAAAUAAGUAUUUGGUCACCUACAAACAAGCAAGAUUUCUGGCUCUCACAGACCUGUAACUUCUUCUUUAAGAGGCUCCUCUGUCCUCCACUCGUUACCUGUAUUAAUGGCACCUGUUUGAACUUGUUAUCAGUAUAAAAGACACCUGUCCACAACCUCAAACAGUCACACUCCAAACUCCAUUAUGGCCAAGACCAAAGAGCUGUCAAAGGACACCAGAAACAAAAUUGUAGACCUGCACCAGGCUGGGAAGACUGAAUUUGCAAUAGGUAAGCAGCUUGGUUUGAAGAAAUCAACUGUGGGAGCAAUUAUUAGGAAAUGGAAGACAUACAAGACCACUGAUAAUCUCCCUCGAUCUGGGGCUCCACGCAAGAUCUCACCCUGUGGGGUCAAAAUGAUCACAAGAACGGUGAGCAAAAAUCCCAGAACCACACGGGGGGACCUAGUGAAUGACCUGCAGAGAGCUGGGACCAAAGUAACAAAGCCUACCAUCAGUAACACACUACGCCGCCAGGGACUCAAAUCCUGCAGUGCCAGACGUGUCCCCCUGCUUAAGCCAGUACAUGUCCAGACCCGUCUGAAGUUUGCUAGAGUGCAUUUGGAUGAUCCAUAAGAGGAUUGGGAGAAUGUCAUAUGGUCAGAUGAAACCAAAAUAGAACUUUUUGGUAAAAACUCAACUCGUCGUGUUUGGAGGACAAAGAAUGCUGAGUUGCAUCCAAAGAACACCAUACCUACUGUGAAGCAUGGGGGUGGAAACAUCAUGCUUUGGGGCUGUUUUUCUGCAAAGGGACCAGGACGACUGAUCCGUGUAAAGGAAAGAAUGAAUUGGGCCAUGUAUCGUGAGAUUUUGAGUGAAAACCUCCUUCCAUCAGCAAGGGCAUUGAAGAUGAAACGUGGCUGGGUCUUUCAGCAUGACAAUGGUCCCAAACACACCGCCCGGGCAACGAAGGAGUGGCUUCGUAAGAAGCAUUUCAAGGUCCUGGAGUGGCCUAGCCAGUCUCCAGAUCUCAACCCCAUUGAAAAUCUUUGGAGGGAGUUGAAAGUCCGUGUUGCCCAGCGACAGCCCCAAAACAUCACUGCUCUAGAGGAGAUCUGCAUGGAGGAAUGGGCCAAAAUACCAGCAACAGUGUGUGAAAACCUUGUGAAGACUUACAGAAAACGCUUGACCUGUGUCAUUGCCAACAAAGGGUAUAUAACAAAGUAUUGAGAAACUUUUGUUAUUGACCAAAUACUUAUUUUCCACCAUAAUUUGCAAAUAAAUUCAUAAAAAUCCUACAAUGUGAUUUUCUGGAGAAAAAAAAUCUCAUUUUGUCUGUCAUAGUUGACGUGUACCUAUGAUGAAUAUUACAGGCCUCUCUCAUCUUUUUAAGUGGGAGAACUUGCACAAUUGGUGGCUGACUAAAUACUUUUUUUCCCCACUGUAAAUUGUUGAAAUGAAAACAAAGAUUCACUAGAAGUUAUCUGUUCACCAUGUUGUUGCAUAUCAUGGCCUCAUCAGCAAAUAAUGUAGAUUGGGUUUGUUGAAGGUAAAUGACGAGGUAGGGCUUCUCAGUGGGGGCCACACCGAACCACACACAUUUGCUUGUGGUAAUUGAAAUUACACUCUGGUUUUACUGCAAAAUACUGUGUCAACGACAUUGCAGUCAGGGACUUUGCUAUGGAGCAAUUUUUGUGCUAACAGAAAUAUUGUAAUUCAUUCAAUAUUUUAGAUUUUUUUAUGCACAAAUUAAAUCAUUGAAUUCUUAAAUUGAACUUGUAUUUCAUGAUUUGAAACUGAAUUGAGCAUUGCAUUGUUUUAAAAUUAAGUGUCAAUGUAAUUGAAUAUUCAAAUUCAAUAUUUAUAUAUUCAGUUUCAACAUGGUAGAUAAUUACAUUUUUUGUCUGUAUCAAGUUUACAAACUAUAAUUUCAAGUUGACCAAAGUUACAUGUAUUCAACUUCUCAGAUUCAGUUCUCUAAAUUAAGAUUCAGAAGCAGAGACAACAUCCUGAAUCAUGUUUUUUUUCCUGUGCGUGCGUUGGUGUGUGUGUGUGUGUGUGCGUGCGUUGGUGUGUGUGUGUGUGUGUGUGUGUGUGUGUUUGAAGAGGUUGAGACAUGCUCUUGGCCCAGAUAAACCGUGACUCCCAGGGGAUGGCAGAGUUCCAGGAUGCAGACGGCCAGCAGGUGACCCUCUGUCUGGCAGAGGCAGUGACCGUGGCAGGUGAGCUCCCUCUGGGUCCUAACCCAACACAGGAGAGGUCAAAGGGUCAAACCAAUCACUAAUGGGAAGUGGUCAGAUAAUAGAAUUAGAUGUAUGUAUUACAGUUCAGAGUAAAAUACUACAAGCAAGCUUGGGACUUUAUAUCCCAAGACUGGGUUAAGCAAAUAGUUUUCAUAUUUCCACAGUAUAACUACUAUGUAACUAUGUGUAUCAACCCUGUCAUUACACUAUAUCUACAUAGAUGGUUUUAGAACACAACGUGGGACCUAAUACAGUAACAUACUGCCUAAAAAGAAGUGCACCACCUUGAUUAUUAUUGUGUCUCGCCAGCUCUUAGUUGAGUACCUUGAUACUGACUGUUAUGAUCCUAUAUAGACGGCGAUCAUAUGGAGACUAUGGACACAGUGAGUCUACAGGCAGUAACCCUUGCCGAUGGCUCCACAGCAUACAUUCAGCAUGACCCCAAAGGUAAGCAUGCAUCACUCUCUCGUGUCAUUACCAGUGAGCUGAGAGAAAAGCAAAAAUGUCCACGUCUGCCUCCCAUGUUUUCUCUAUGUAAAAAUGGAAGGACUGAUCCUCUAUGUUAUGGUAAAGAUAAGGGAGUAAGCUGAUCCUAGAUCUGUGCUUAGCAGGUAUGUCGUGCCUCAGUGACAGCUUUGAUUAGAGUUCAGUCUAAUUGAGAGGAGUAGUUUCCUUUUCAGAUGGACAGCUAAUGGACGGACAGGUUAUCCAACUGGAGGAUGGGUCUGCUGCAUACGUCCAGCAUAUGUCCAUUCCAAAAUCAGGUAAAGGAUAUGAACUAGACGCUUACAUGUACUGUUACCUGCAUUGUUAGGAUGGGCCCAUAAGUAACCAUUUCACUGUUAGUCUACACAUGUUGUUUACAAAGCAUGUGACAAACAAACAUUUGAUUUUGAUCUGUGCUUCUCAGGCGUAACCUGAAUAAAAUCUGUGUUUUUUUAGUUCUUUCGGUGACAGACAUUUGUAUAUAAUGCAUUUCUAGAGACUACCAUGUGUAUUGCAUGUUUAUGUUGUAGGAGGAGACAGUUUACAACUUGAAGACGGACAGGCUGUCCAGCUAGAAGAUGGAACAACAGCCUACAUUCAUGCACCCAAAGGUAAACGUUCUUCAUCAAGGAUGUAGCCCAGAUUCUGCUGCUGUUUCUUUUUUAGGUAUAGUUAUUUAUCAUUAGCAAUAGGAUAAAAUGUAUAAUUGUUUAUCAUUAGCAAUAGGAUAAAAGUGCCACCUUUCCCUUUGUUAGAGGCCAUGUGAUAUUUUUUGCCUCAAAUAUAAUCUCAGAUGUACAAGAAUACCUAUGGGAGUAGUCACUAGGGGUCAGAUAUACAUUGGUCAUCACAUUGGUCACUUUUGACCUUUCUCCUGAUACCUCCUCAGAGACAUACGAGCAGAGUAGCUUGCAGGCGGUGCAGUUGGAGGACGGCAGCACGGCGUACAUCCAGCACACGGUGCACAUGCCCCAGUCCAACAACAUCCUGGCCAUUCAGGCUGACGGCACCAUCUCAGACCUGCAGACAGACGGGGGCAUAGACCCCGAGACCAUCAGUGUGCUGGAGCAGUACACCACCAAGGUAGUGCGAUAUCUAAACCCAGAGCCAUAGAGAAAGGAUAGAUUUAUUCAUAUAGACAUGGAUACUAAACAUGUCACCACUGAUUUGCUCUGCAACAUGGUCAUGAAAAGACUGGGUUGACCAAAGUAUUCGGUUCCUACCCUUAUUUCUGUACAUUUUAAAACUGGAUUGGAGUGGAGAAUGUUCCAUGUUACAAUAGGGCAGGGGUACCCAACUCUUACCCUACGAGGUCCAGAGCCUGCUGGUUUUCUGUUCUACCUGAUAAUUUAUUGCACACACCUGGUGUCCCAGGUCUACGCCAGUCCCUUAUUAGAGGGGAACAAUGAAAAUAUGCAGUGGAACUGGCUUUGAGGUCCUGAGUUGAGUUUGAGGGCUAUAUGGUAUGGACUGCAGUAUUGCUGUGUAGUGUCUCAUUCAGAAGCACUAUAUGAUGAUGCAUUUUAUUUGAUUGUUCUCCAGGUGGAGAAUAUAGAGAGUGGGCUGUUCGGACGAGAGGAGACUGAUAAUGGCAUCCACAUGCAGGUACUGUCACUCUGCUGGAUAAUGUUAUUUCGAGCAGGGUUUCCUAACACUCGCCCCCUAGACAUGUCUUUUUUUUCUCUCACUAUUAUUCUUUUAAAAUGUACUUUUACCCCAUUUUCUCCCCAAUUUCGUGAUUUCCAAUUGGUAGUUACAGUCUUGUCCCAUAGCUGCAACUUCCAUACGGACUCGGCAGAGGCGAAGGUCGAGGGCCGUGCGUCCUCCGAAACACGACCCUGCCAAGCCGCACUGCUUCUUGACACACUGUUCGCUUAACCCGGAAGCCAGCCGCACCAAUGUGUCGGAGGUAACACUGUCCAGCUGGCGACCGAGGUCAGCUUGCAGGAGCCCGGCCUGCCACAAGGAGUCGCUAGAGUGCGAUGGGACAAGGAAAUCCCGUCCGGCCAAACCCUCCCCUAACCCGGACGACGCUGGGCCAAUUGUGCGCCGCCUCAUGGGUCUCCCGGUCACGGCCGGCUGUGACACAGCCUGGGAUCGAACCUGGGUUUGUAGUGACGCCUUAGACCGCUGAGCCACUCGGGAGGCCCUCAUAUUUUUGUUUUAACCCAAAACUGGCACACCUGAUUCAGUUAGUCAACUAAUUAUCAAGCCUUUUACUCAUUGAAUCAGGUGUGCCAGUUUAGGGUUAAAACUAAAAUGUGAAACGUCUGGGGGCACCCGAGGAGAGGGUUGGGAAACACUGCAUUAGAGCACGCAACAGAGAACCUUUGAAAACAUGUUGCAAUGGAAAACAAAAAUGUACGUAUGUUACUCGACAAGUCCAGGUAGAUCCUCUGUGUUUUAGUCCGGUCUCUUCCGUUUGGUGGCUAAUGAACAAGACCCUGGUUUGUCAUGAGGACCUAAUGUUUCCUCUCCUCUUCAGAUUGUCCUCCAGGGUCAAGAGGGCAGGACAGGAAGGGUUUCACACGUAGGGGAGAAGUCGUUCCACUGUGACCACGAGGGCUGUGGAAAACUCUUCACCACUGCUCACCAUCUAAAGGCAAGGCCCUGUCUGUGUCUGUGUGUGUUUGUCUCAAUACCAUUCUCCUCUCUCUGUCAAAUAUUUUGUCUAAUGACAGUUUUAUACUUUGUUCUUCUUACUUCUAAUAAAAGCUAGUGUAUCGUGUGUGUGUGUAGUUUGUUUUUACUGUUGCUGCAAUAUUGCUUUGUUUGUGUUUCCCACAGGUACACGAGAGAUGCCACACUGGAGAUAAGCCAUAUAUCUGUGACCACAUUGGCUGUGGGAAGAAGUUUGCUACAGGUAGCAACCUACUGUGAGGGCUUUAACUCUUCUCAUGGGUCAUACAACCUUGCUGAUUUCUUCUUUAUGUUUAAAUUGGCUCUAGACUAAAUUUGUUUGGUACCUUGUUUUGUCCUUUUCAGGGUAUGGGCUGAAGAGUCACUCGCGUACACACACCGGGGAAAAGCCUUACCGCUGCCAGGAGAUCAACUGCCACAAGUCUUUCAAAACAUCCGGUGACCUACAGAAGCACACACGGACACACACAGGUACAAUACACUCCUGGUUUUAAAAAAUGCACUGGUACAAUACACUUCUGGUUAAAAAAUGCACUGGUACAAUACGCUCCUGGUAAAAAUGCACUGGUACAAUACACUCCUGGUAAAAAAAUGCACUGGUACAAUACACUCCUGGUAAAAAAUGCACUGGUAGAAAUGCACUGGUACAAUACACUCCUGGUAGAAAUGCACUGGUACAAUACACUCCUGGUUAGAAAUGCACUGGUACAAUACACUCCUGGUUAGAAAUGCACUGGUACAAUACACUCCUGGUUAGAAAUGCACUGGUACAAUACACUCCUGGUAAAAAAUGCACUGGUACAAUACACUCCUGGUAAAAAAUGCACUGGUACAAUACACUCCUGGUAAAAAAUGCACUGGUACAAUACAUUCCUGGUUUUAAAAAAAUGCACUGGUACAAUACAUUCCUGGUUUUAAAAAAAUGCACUGGUACAAUACAUUCCUGGUUUUAAAAAAAAGCACUGGUACAAUACACUCCUGGUAAAAAAAAAAUGCACUGGUACAAUACAUUCCUGGUAGAAAUGCACUGGUACAAUACACUCCUGGUAGAAAUGUACUGGUACAAUACACUCCUGGUAGAAAUGCACUGGUACAAUAUACUCCUGGUAGAAAUGCACUGGUACAAUACACUCCUGAUAGAAAUGCACUGGUACAAUACACUCCUGGUAGAAAUGCACUGGGAUAAGGAAGAGGGUGAGUUCCACUUAUUCUUCCACCUAUUGAGUAUUUCCUUGGCACUAUCUCCUCUGCCUUGUGUUGGGGGGUUUAGGCCCAGGUUAUAUAAUAUGUUGAUUGAUAGAUAUCUAAUGUACAUUCUGAGACGUGGUCUUACUCUAAUUUGUCCUGCCUUGUCUUGUUUUCAGGAGAGAAGCCAUUCAAAUGUCCUGUUGAGGGCUGUGGACGGUCGUUCACCACCUCCAACAUCCGCAAGGUUCACAUCCGCACGCACACCGGAGAGCGGCCAUACUACUGCGCUGAGCCCAGCUGCGGGCGAUCCUUCGCCAGCGCCACCAACUACAAGAACCACAUGAGGAUUCACACAGGCAUGUACCAAAAUAUUAGGCUUCUUCUUUACAUGUUAUUUACAUGGCCAUAUAGCAAGGAACUAUCUGAUGAAGGCUUUUUGGACUGAAAUUUCAUGUUUCUUGAAGCAAUCACAAUAUACCUUGAUUUAGUUAUUUUGCCCAAUGAUAACAAUGUGUUGUACCUGUCUGUGUGUUCAGGAGAGAAACCGUACGUGUGCAGUGUGCCUGGGUGUGAUAAGCGCUUCACGGAGUACUCCAGCCUGUACAAGCACCAUGUGGUCCACACACCCUGCAAGCCCUACAACUGUAACUACUGUGGGAAGACCUACAAGCAGAUCUCCACCCUGGCCAUGCACAAACGCACGGCACACAACGACACAGAGCCCAUCGAAGAGGAGCAGCAGGCCUACUUUGAGCAACCCACAGGUCUCUGUGUGUGUGUGUACGCCUGUGUGUGUGUGUGUGUGUACGCCUGUGUGUGUGUGUGUGGACGCCUGUGUGUGUGUGUGUACGCCUGUGUGUGUGUGUACGCCUGUGUGUGUGUGUAUGGACGCCUGUGUGUGUGUGUGUGUGUGUGUGGGUACGCCUGUGCACAUAAACAAGAGGGAAGGUAAUUCUGUACUCAGCUGUGAUGUAUAGUCGACAGAAAAGCAGUUUCACCAUUUCUUUAGAAAUAGAGGUAAUGAUGAAAUAAUUUACUAUUCUUAGAUUAUGUAGAAAACUGACAAAUUGCAGUGAUGCAGAUUCACCUUGAGAGCUUGGAUACGGAGAUGACUGUCAUUGGCCCUCAUUCAAUCCCAGACGACUUGUCAUCAACAUCCUAAACCUGACCCUAAUUAUUUAUUGUUUUAUUACAGUUUACAGUUUAGUCAUUUAGCAGACGCUCUUAUCCAGAGCGACUUACAGGAAUCGAACCCACAACCCUGGCGUUGCAAGUGCCAUGCUUUACCAACUGAGCCACAUGGGACUUAUUCUGUGGUUUUCUAAGCUUGACCCUGUUUUCCCUGUUUGAUUUAGAUGCCAUUGAUGAUCCUGAGGUCACCUACACAUCUGUAGUGGAGGUGGAGGACUCUGUGUCUGUGGGGACUCCAGAGGUCCUAGGGCAACAGCACCAAGUGUCCCUAGUCACACAGGACGGAACAACGCAGCAGGUAAGCAUCCAUGUCACACAUCAGUAUUUCUGAUUUUAUAUUAUUCUCUGCUUUUCAUGUCUUUUCUAUGGUAAGAAUGAUCUUGCAACUUAAAUAAUGCAUUGAUGGGUGCGUAACAGGAAAUUUUUAUCAAGAGCUCUUUUAAAAUGGAAAUGAAGAAACACCUUGACCAUUCUUACAUCUACAUGUUGUGACGGUCGGAGUAGUUAGAAAACAAGCUGAUGUUGUUAUACUUCAGGUCAGUAUCUCCGAGGCGGAUUUGCAAGCGAUGGGCGGCACAAUUACCAUGGUAACACAAGAAGGCACCACCAUCACCAUCCCAGCCCACGAGCUGAUGUCACAAGGGCAUCAUUCUGUCACCAUGGUGACAGCGGAUGGCACAGAGGGACAGGUAUCUAUCUAUGUUUUUUUUUUUUUACUUAGGGUUGGGUGUGUGUUAUUUUUUUAAUAUUCCGGGGUACUGCCCAUCUGCACUUCUGCCAAUGUCCAUUCUAUGUACUAGAAAAAUACAGAAAUAUAUGUACCUACAAUUUUUCUUGGCUAGAUGUUGGUGAUCCAAGUAUACCUUCACCAAAAAUAAAAGAUUCCACACACUCCCAAUACAUAUUCCCAUGUGGGAGUUAUUUAUAUUUCAUUCAAACAUUGUAUUUUAUAUUUUCAAAACAUGACAGCGACCAACAACACGAAACAUACUACAGCAUAAUUACAUGUAGUCUACAAUAUUUACAAUAAUAAAUACACUAAACACACUAAAUACAUGAUUUAUUUUGACCUAAGGGAUAAAUCGUUUCCAGGCCUAAUCAAUCCCACUUCGGAGCAAAGUCUUUGUGUCCUUGUUUUUUUCAUUGUAUAUUUUAUACUCUGUAUUCUCUAUUUCAAACUUUAUUUCUGUCCUCUGCAGGUGCAAAUUAUGACCCCAGAUAUGACCACUUUCCAGACAGUGGAGGAGGUGGAUUUUAUCCAGGAACAGGAGCACCAGGUGGUGUCUUCAAGCCCUCACCCGGUCACCCUAUUGGCUACUUCCAAUGGCACUCACAUCGCUGUGCAGGUAUGCCAUAAUGAGCAGCCUAUGGAUGUUAGUUAGGCUGCGUUUACGCAGUUACCCCAAUUCAGGUGUAUUGGCAUAUCUGAUACCUAGGUCUAUCUGAUCUUUUCCACAAUGUGUAAACUGCAAAAACCACAUGGAAUCUGAUCUUUAGGCUGUGUUUACACUGGAAGCCCAAUUCUGAUCUUUUGGCCAAUUAUUGGCAAAAGAGCUGAUCUGAUUGGUCAAAAGACCAAUUCGUGGAAAAAUAUCAGAAUUGGGCUGCCUGUGUACGUACAUUCGUAUGUGAAUCUCAAUCCUGAUGCUUCAUAUGUGACCUCAGUCUGGACGCUCUGAGAUAUAUAUUUAUUUCACAUGACCUGCUGUUACCAUGACAACCACCACAAAAUUUAAAGGAGCAGUGACAGGAAAUUAGCAUUGCAUCUUUGUUCUGUUUCAGAGGCUACAUCAGUGUGAAUACGCAAAUCGGAUAUAGGUCACAUAUAAAACUGAGUGUCAGUCAGAAAAUAACCAGAAUUGGGUUCUUAGGAUGGCUGUGUAAACGCAGCCUUAGUGAACAUGUUACCUAGCUACUUGGUUUGCAACAAAUGGAAGGUAACACCACAGAUGGAAUAAUGAGCCAGAUGUUUAACGGGAUGUAUAAACCUGAAGCAUCCGGUUGGCAUUUCCACUCACUACCAAAUAUGGUUACGAGAUGAAGCCCAGUGGCUGGCAGUGGGAGAAGAUUGAGCGAGAUGGAUUUUGGCUGACAUUCUGCUAAUUUUCUCAUCCAUUAAACAUUUGAUCUCAAUGCAGUUUUCUGUUCCCAAAACUACAAUCUGUUAGAGUGGACUAAGUUUUGUAGACUUUACCCUUUGACAACGUUUCUAAAAAUGAUGUUGUUUAGAAGAUGUGCAAGGGCGAAUUGAGUUAUUACAUGCGCAUGCUUCAGAGUAGGUGUUCCCAAAUGGAAAUAUGCAAAUACAUGCUAGAACGAGCCAAUAGGGUCCCGCUAGCUUGUGCUUGGCUCCCACUAUGAUUAUUUUGCUCCCAUUAGAAAUGACAGGAUGUGGUCUAUCUUGGGUUAGUUCUACAAAUCUUUGGUUCUCACAUUACCCGAUGUUGCAGGUAUACAUUUUAUAUAUAGAGGAGAUUCCAUGUGGAAAAGGGAACAGCGCCUGCUCUAUUCAUUCAGUAUCCAUCUUAAAUUCUGUGUUCUGUUUGACUGUUCCCCUUAGUUUUGCCAGAUGAGAACACAUUGAUCUGAUAUUUCUGCCGUUGACGAUACUCACAUGAGUUUCAGACCAAACAGAGAGUAAUCAGCACUGAUUUAAACCUGAGCUAUUUGCCAUUGGCUAAUCCCUCCCCACCCAGCCUCAGUGUUUUGUUGUUCAAACGGUCAGGUGAAAUUAAUGGGUAGGUGGGGUUGGAUUGGGGUUUAGCAGGAGCUGUGUGCCAAGAGACACUCUCCAUUUCUGGUGUUGACUUAACUGUCGUACUGAAAGGAAGCCUAUAGUCACAUGAUGUGUGGACUGGGGUUUCUAUGCAAUCCAGGUCCAGUGGACAGCGGCCUCUAGCCAUGUGGCCCACUACUGCGUAGGCUGAUCCACAGAGUGGCUUGUUGCUUCUUACCAGGCUGUGUCCCAAAUGGCACCCUAUUCUCUAUAUAGUGCACCUUUAGCAGGGCUGUGGUCAAAAGUAGUGCAACAUAUGGGGUAAAAGAGUGCCAUUUGGGACACGUGGUAUUUCCUGCUACUCCAGGAAACGCCCAGAAUUGACAUGAUUUACUACAUUCUGAAGCUUAUCAAUGUACAGAAGGAAGCCAGUCCCAUGGCGAGGUGUUUCUUUCCACUCGUACCCUCCAGGCUCCACCCAGUAUCUGUUUUGGGUCACUUGGUCAUUGUAUAAAGGUCAACAUUGAUAUGUAGUAAACAAAAUGAAUUGCAACAGUAAACCUUGCAACACAAUUUUGUUUUUAUAUAAACACCUAUUGUGUUAAUAAUAAUAAUAAUAAUAAUAAUAAACAUUUAUUGUGAGAAAUUAGACUGAAAUCAUGUAGUGAGUUAGUCAAUAACAGUUAAUCAUUCAGAAGCUCAAAGCUCACAAGGACUAAUAUCACAUCAGUGCUACAAGGUGUUAAACAAAGCAAGCCAUUAUUCUACCUGAAGGGGUUCUGUAAUAGCCAAAGUGAGCAGAUACAUGUUCUGGCUUGUUAACCCAUUGAUUGCUUUGAUCUGCCCUCUUGUCAUGCUAAUGAAAAUGCAAACACUCUCUAAUCCCUCUGAGGUAUACCACCCUGUCAAGGUCGUUAAUCAUACAAAAGAGCAAUAAUACUGUGGAGGAGAUGGUAGUGGGUUUGGGUGGUGGGGAGAUUAAUGGCUUAAACUAGUGCUAAAUACAAGUUACAAUUUAAUUUAUAAUAACCUAUGGUGUAUUUUUUUUUUUUUUUAGCUCAGUGAUCAACCAUCAUUGGAAGAAGCCAUCAGAAUAGCGUCGCGAAUACAGCAAGGAGAGACAACCGGAUUGGACGAUUAA